UGUAUUUAACAAAAUCUAUUAAAUCUCUACACAGAAAUUGAAUUUUCUUCCAAUUUCAGAUUUCAAUGGCGUCGAGCAUCCGAUCCAAAUCGGUUCUUCUCCUGAUUUUAGUACAAUUGUGCUUUACACUCAUCUCGUCUUCCUCGCUUUCACCUUCUUCUGUGUCCAGUGAAGGUUACUCCAUUCAUGGUCGAGUUAAGAUUCCAAGUUUUGGGGCUACUGGAUUUGGUCUUCCUGGGAAAAUAUCAAACAUCAAAGUUAUACUCAAUGGUGGCCAAAGGGUGACCUUUUUGAGGCCUGAUGGUUUUUUCUCAUUCCAUAAUGUGCCAGCAGGUACUCAUCUUAUCGAAGUGGCAGCAAUAGGAUAUUUCUUUUCCCCGGUUCGAGUUGAUGUUAGUGCCAGAAACCCGGGUAAGGUUCAGGCUGCACUAACCGAGACCAGGAGGGGACUACACGAGUUUGUUUUAGAGCCAUUGAGAGAAGAACAGUAUUACGAGGUAAGGGAGCCCUUCAACAUAAUGUCGAUUGUGAAAAGCCCGAUGGGUAUGAUGAUUGGAUUUAUGGUGAUUGUCAUGUUUCUAAUGCCCAAAUUAGUGGAAAACAUGGAUCCCGAAGAAAUCAAACGAGCACAAGAAGAAAUGAGAAGCCAAGGGGUUCCAUCACUAGCAAACUUGAUGCCCGGGGCUGGUAGAAGCUAGUGGAGCAAAGAGUUCGUUCACACCAGCGUGAGCCAUCCUCGGCCUAUGCUGACCCAAGGAAUGGCCUCAUUUAUAUGAACAGAAGCUCGAAAGCUCUGAAUUGAUGGAGGAUAGGAUAGAAGAGGCUUUAAGCGAAAACUUUGUAAUGAAAAAGAAAAUCUAAAUCUUAUUCCUUUUUGGGAUUGAUUUUGACACAAAUGUGCUGCCCUUGAACUUGAUUAACUUGUGUUUGGAAUGAACUUUAGUUGAAAUAGUUCUUAGUAUGUUUAAAUAGUAAAUCUGGGUUUGCAAAA